CCGGCCGCCCGUCAGGAGGGCAUCGGGGCGGGGUCGGGCUGAGCCCGGGUUGGAGUUCCUCCCCCGCGGCUCUCUCCCUCGGCCUCGCUCCUGACCCCCCUCCUAUCCCCCAGCAUGUCCCGGCUGUUGCUGCCCCUGCUGAGGAGCCGGACUGCGCACAGCCUGCGGCCCCUGCCGGACUGUCGCCCGCGCGGCUCGGCGGGGGCCCCGGCGCCGCUCCUCCGGCCGCCUCCCGCCUUGGCCGCCGCGGCCCCCGCCUGGGCCGCCGCGCCGCGCCCCUCCCGGGGGCUGGGCACCCACCCCAAGCGCGAGCCCAUGGAGGCGCUGAACACGGCGCAGGGCGCCCGCGACUUCAUCUACAGCCUGCACUCCACCGAGAGGAGCUGCCUGCUAAAGGAACUGCACCGCUUCGAGUCCAUAGCCAUAGCCCAAGGUAUUCCAAGAAGUUCCAGUCAACUGACAAGGACCUCUCCUCACAGUGUCAGAACUGUGGUGAUGAUGAGAGUAAUGCAACUAACAGAUAGUGCUGAAAAAUUGGAGGCCCCACCACCUUCCCAGGGACAGCUGAGAUAUGUAUUCAUCCACAAUGCAUUACCUUUCGUAGGGUUUGGCUUUUUGGAUAAUGCAAUUAUGAUUGUUGCAGGAACCCAAAUAGAGUUGUCUAUUGGAAUUAUUUUGGGGAUUUCAACUAUGGCAGCUGCUGCUUUGGGAAAUCUUGUUUCAGAUUUAGCUGGACUUGGUCUUGCAGGCUAUGUUGAAGCUUUAGCUUCCAGGUUAGGCCUGUCAAUUCCUGAUCUCACACCCAAGCAAGUUGAUAUGUGGCAAACACGCCUUAGUGCGCACUUGGGCAAAGCUGUUGGAGUGACUAUUGGUUGCAUUUUAGGAAUGUUUCCUUUGUUGUUCUUUAGAGGAGAAGAAGAAGAAAAAAAACUGGAAGAAAAAAAUUAACUGUUUUAGAAUCUCUUUAGAAAGAUGUAAAAUAAUGUACCUCACUUAUUAAGUAUGCUGUCACAAUAUUUAGGAAUUAAGACAGUAACUAUGUAUAGAUAUGGGAACAAGCAAUUAAGCAUGUUUUAUUAAAACACUAACUUAUUGUGACUUGGUGUUCUUAGCACAUCUUUUUAUAAAAAAUGGCUUCUUAAUUUCAUAUAAAUUAUUGAAAUGCCUUUUCAGUAGUGGCAAUCAACAUUUUUAUUUUCCACUUUUAUUUUUCAUAUGUUAUAUAUAGCAAGGCUAUUAUGUUAUUCCAAGUCUUUGAUGUACUGUAUAGAAUUGGAUUUGCUUUUGUUAUUAACUACAUAUACUUGCAUGAAAACAUCCUCUUAUUCAUGGCUGUUUCAAAUCAGCUUUGAAUUUUUCCCAUAUACAAAAACUAUUGGUCAUUUUGCUAAAGGUUUUUAAUUCCAUCAUUGUUCUUGUCCCUAGUAUCAGUUUGGGCCUGAUUUGAGAUAAUGAAUUUCCAUUCGUGCACAGUACUUCUCUUUCCUUGUUGACUCAUUCAGUCAUUGUGGAAUUGAGCUGUUUGUUUUAAGUGUUACUGGAUAUUUUUUUUUUCAUUUUCUUUGAUCUUUUUGAGUCUUAAGAGCCAGAAGUUAAUGAGCAUAUCUUCCCACUUACAGAAAAUACCCCACAUUAUAAAAUGUACUUUCUACUUCAUUUUUUUUUGCUUUUUUUUUACCUUAAAACUCCCAAUUUUGAGUAAUUGUGUUCUGUUUUGAGUUCAUAGAAAAGAAAAACUAAUAAUUUUUGGUAUGUUUUAUGGGGGAAAUUAUCACAAAAUUAAGCAUGGUGUUCUGUUUUUAUAGUUAAGAGAACAGAGGGAGAGAAAAAUGGAAAUUGUAUGUGAGAGUUGAAAAUUAAGGAUACGUGAAUUCUAUAGACAAGAAAAAAUUAAGAGAAGAAAUUGGAACCUAAGAAGGCUUGUGGUACAAAUAGUGAAGUUGAACAGAACUGGAAAGGUUCUCGUGCUCUGCUGAGGAAGAGGGUUUUUCAAAAAUUUCAUCUUUAUCCAUAAGAUUUCCAUUGCUGAAAUAUCUAAAUUAUGCUAAUACUUGAGAUGUCAACAUGUGUGUCUUUUUUAUCGAUGAACUUGCUUUCUGGAAAAAAAAAUAUUUUGUGGGCAAAACUAGCCUUUGUGGGUUUUU